AUGCCGGACCUCAUGCUGUCCAACAACAAUUUGUCCUUUGGCACCAUCAAAUGUGGUGAGUGUAAGAUUAUUGGGCUGCAAUUAUACAACCAGCAAGACAUUCCCUGCCGCUGGAGAUUUAUUAAUCCAAACAGGGAUCUAUCCAAGGAUGAUAAAUAUGUUCCAUUGCACCUGAAAAGAAAAAACAAACUUGACAGAUCAGUCUGUCCGCUCUUUGAAGUGACGCCAUCUGAAGGGCUUGUACUUCCAUGUAGCAGAACAAACGUUCAAGUGAAAUUUACUCCAAAUGAAGAAAAAACCUACCAAUCACACCUGAUUUUUCAGUUCGAGCAAAGUAGCAAAAGACAAUUGUUGUAUGUCACAGGAUCCGCUGUUGUCCCCAGAAUUGAAAUUUUAAACCAGUUUGUAGAAUUUGCACCAUGCUUGCCAAAUGAAGAGGUGGUAUGUGAAAGGUCCAUUGUUAUCAGGAAUCCUUGCUCAUUUCCUGUAGAAGUUUUCAAUCUGGAAAUGGAUGAACUUUAUUUGCAAGAAGAAAAGAUUUUGCGACUUUUAGAAGGUUAUGAUGAAUACAAUAAUUUGAUUCUGCCUGCCAGACAACCCGCUGAUAAAUUGCCGCAAGAAAUUCUAGAUUACUACGAUGAUCUCAUAAAGAAGUAUUACGAAAUGUUGACUGAAAAAAGAAGAUUGCGCCACAUUUCUGAAACCGAACUGGAUGGAGAGCAAAAGGAAGCAGAAAAUGAUGGUGAAAGAAAAGAAAAAGAUGAGGAUAAAAAAACGGAAAAGGGUGAUGAUAAGAAAAAAGAAACUGAAAAGAAAAAAGAAAUUAUUGAUAAAAUAAAAUUUGAAAAAAAACGAAAAAUUUUGUUAAAUUUGUUAGAAGCGGUCCAGGCUCUGCACAAAUCGAGUCAUCUAAACGAAAAUCCAGUCAGUCUUGCUUUGUCCAAUUAUAUGAAAGUGGAUCUGAGCGAAGAAGGACAACUGGGGGAUCUGCGAAGAGGAGUAGUGAUAAUGAUACACGGACCACCAAGAUCAGGCAAGACAACGACGGCCAAUGCCCUUGCGACUGAUUACAAAGCUAAGGUGCUGAAGGUUGAUGACAUCAUCGUUGAGGCUGUUCUUUGCGGUACAUCGGUGGCCUGUUGUGCCGCCAGACAGGCAUGUCUCGAACGGAGUAGGUAA